UAAACAUGGGUUUAAAAUGUAGUCAAGUAUGCUUAUUAAGAACGUUGUAUAGGUAUAAAAAAAAUUAGUGAAUAGGUACUUAGUUUUGUUUUAUUAGGCUUUUAUCGUGAAAAUGAAGUUUCAUUAUCGUUGGUUUUGUGUAGUUGUUGGAUUGGGGACGAUUUUGGUCACAGAAGUAUCUUGCAGAAUACCCAAAGAGGAUUCAUUUGAUGAGUCUUUUGAAGAAUCUUCAAGUAAUGAAAGACCUCUACGUAAAUCAUUGAGACCAGCCGAAGAUGCCAUUUUAACUUUCGUAAAUCAGCUCGUCAACACAGGAUAUGCCUCUUCGAAAAUAUCGUUAAACAGAAUAGAAAAGGAGAAUCAAAAACGACGCCAAUUCGGAGAUCAAUUGGAACAGUUUCUAGCCCGAUUGUCUUCACUCGGUAGCUCUGAAACUCCAUUAGAGGAAAAGCAAACACCAAAACCUCAAAAAUAUUCCUAUCAGAAAUAAUAAUAAAAUUCAUUUUGUCAAUUUUGUUAUUGUAUUUAUUAGUUUUUAAUAGAAUAUAUUUUCUAAUAUGUGACAUGUUAGUUUUUUACACGGUUCUUCAUCUUUUGGAUCGUUGCAAUAUUUUAACAUUUUUGCCGAUAAUUUUUUUUAUAUUUUGCUAAAUGCUUCCUAAGUUGAUUAUUUAUUUUUUAAUUGUAAUUGUGACGGUUGUACUUAAUUUAAUUUUAUUUUUAGGGUUGAUUAUUGCUUAUAAAAUUAUAAAAACUGUUUUUUAAUAAAAUAUGGAAUAUUUAUUAUCUACUG